AUGGAAGGGAAAAAAGAUUCCGAAUUCACGAAAAAGGUGCGGUUCGACCUAAACGAGGAGGUUUUUCUUAUUCCAAGUAAAUGGGACCGACUGAGCAAAUGUAAAACUGCCAGUGCGAAAAACACCGAUGGAUCGGCGAACAAACAGAGCUCCAGAAAUCGUGCUGCUGCGGAACGCCGGUGCGAAGCGACUCGUGGUAAACAAAACAAAACUAAAGACAGAACGACAAAGGGUGUCUCAAAUCGCGAGUCAAACGGAAUACUUUCAGAAAACGGCAGAUUAGGUGCUACACUCAAUGGUAUAACCAACAGCGGAAGAAAAACUGCGCGACAUAGAGAAGGAAGAGAAAAUUCUAACGUUACGAACUCGACGCCUCCGGUUGAAGGGAGAUUAAAACUAUAUCAUCGCCCUUCCCAAGAACUGCAGAACCUUAGCCUCGUUUUACCUAAAAUUCCAUAUACGCCAGAUCUUAAAAAGGCGAUCGAAAAAGCGCUGCAAAGAUCUCGCCGUAAACCAACUUUGGACAAUGGUCUUCACAGUGCUGCAACGGACACGCGAGAAAAUAGGGCUUUGGAAAUUUUCAACUCCUUUUCGAAGGAAAAUGAUAAAGUAAUGCCUCAAAGGAGGCUUUCGGAUAGUUCUAUUGGGACAGGAGAUAAAAAACCGACCGGAAAUAAACAAACCCCGGACAGGGAAAGUGAUUCUAAAUUUAGCGAACUUUCCACAGAUUUUAAUGACUCGACUCCAUUCUCCGCGUGGAGUCCAAAAGAAAGCACGUAUACCUCACGAUCAAACACUACACCAUCUGUUCUAACAAGGGGGCGCUCCAUGCCGUCGAUAAUACCAAGCAGCAUAUUAUAUUGAUACAUCAGUAAUGUUCUCCAAUUUGAUCGACCGACUCUUGCAUUGGCUGAACGAGUUACUUUACUAAUACCUCGAUCACACCAGCCAAACUGAUGUUUAGUUAGUUAAACUGCGUUUAGUCGAGGGAAAACUAGAAACAGAAAUGAAAACUGAAUUUUCCAUUAGUUCUAAGUACUCAGGAACUUGUAUUUUCAAGCGCUAAAGUUGAACAAGAUAGACAUCGGUUUAAGCAGCUUAAUUCUUUGAAGAAAAAUAAAUUUAACUGUGUCGAACAAAAUAGUUUUAAAACAUGUUUGAACUUUGGUGUGAAUGAGGUGAACGACAAAGGGUGUCUCAAAUCGGUGUGAAAAACUGGUGUGAAUGAGGUAUAAGCUGCUGGUUAAAAUUACAUUCCAGGAGUUAGGACUUAACUCUAAAAAAAGAUAUGGAGUAUUUAUGGAGACAUUGUAGUUUAAGUUUCCUGGAUCCAAUACCUUAGAUAUCUAAUCAGUUAUACUAUUAUUUUCAAGCAAAAAUGUUCAUUAAUAAACAAAUUAUUUGUUGAUUUUUCACUCACGAAGAUCGAAGAUAGAAUUGUUUUAAAAUUUGAAGAAAAAAGUUUAAUUAGAAAGACUGGUAGAGUGUAAUCUAACUAGUAGUUUAAUGUAAAUAGAGUAUGAUUCUGUUCUCGUCGAAAUGGUCGUUAUUGUCUUCAUCAUUUGUCUUGGCUGAUAAAUCGUCCAUGUCUGUUCCUAAUAAUUAUGUGGGCGACGCAUGCGCAGUUGCCAAAUGAUUGAGUAAUUGUGUUGUAAGGUCUGGGUUCAAGACCUGGCCGGGUCAUUGCGUUGUGUUUCUGGACAAAACACUUUAAUCCCACAGUGCCUCUUUCCACCCAGGAGUAUAAAGAGGGCCUUAAUGGGGCGAUGGCUUUUACGGCUAACGGUUAAAAUUCUGGCCGUUUUACGGUUAACGGUUAAUAUCAUUCCAUUGUUGUCACCAGAGAAUUUUAUUACGCUUAACUUUUUUUACGACUAUCGGUUAAAAUUUGCUAGUUUUUACGCCUAACUGCUAAAUAUUUUUGGCCAUUUUACGACUAUCGGUUAAUCUCAUCGAGACCCUAUAUAAAUGGGUAGUGGUCGGGGGCCCAUUACCCAGAGCCUCAUACAUAUAAUUGUACCCUUGAGUCAACCCUGUCCCGUAUCUUUUUAUUUUUAGAACUGAGAUAUAUGGGAGGCUCUUUAAUUACCCACGAAAAAACGCUGACGUUCGCGUAACACCCUAAAAAAAUUGUUAAGCUUUCCGCGCUUUUCGCCAUUAUUGAAAUACUUUCGUGCGGCCUGCAUGUGACGUAAACGAUAGAGGACCACAGCUCUCUUGUGGUUGAUUAUUAUGCAAGUACCCGCGAAAAACUUCGUGGGAGGUGCUUCUAAAAAUGAAAACUAACGGGACAGGGUUCACUCAGAGGGUAAGUAUGGCAGAUGGAACCGAGCUCCGGAUAAUAGGCUCCUGGUAGCGGUAAAUUGUCAGGGAAGACUGAUGAAAGUAGAAAAGCAAUAAAAUUCAUGAAAGAUAUAUGAAAUUUGAAGGUGAAGUUAAAAAACAUUGUCGCAGAUCUCAUGAAAUGCCUGCUCAGCUAAAUUAGGUAACACCAAACGAUUUUCACCGAACUGUGCAAACUGACACCACACUCUUUCCUUCAGACCACUUUUCUCAUGUCUGUCCUAAAAAAAUAAUUGCAACUAAAAUGUGACAGACAGCAACAGUUAUUUCGAGGGAUAUAUGUUCAGCUGAAGCUGCCUCAUGCCUAGCCGCCGGUCUCCUUUCAGAAGUAAUGCGUCAUCGUUUGUGUGUGAGUCUGUAAGGAAAACCGCUUCGCGGAAAAGAACUGGUAACUAAGUAACGGAGUGGUCGAAAAAUUACUGACGACAAUUUUUCACCCCUUUGUAUCAGCAGAAAACAUCCGACUAAGAGACAGUCAUUGUUUAUUGCCUGUGUGUGGGUAUAGGGGAGGGGGAGAGGUCGUAGUUUUAGAGGAUCACCUGGUUAUCAGGAGAAAUGAAGGGGAUCAGUCGCCGCUAAGAACCCUUGUGGGAUGGGGAGGGGGGGGAAUCAAGUUAAUUUAAUUCCCCUGCCCCCUCUUCCUCUCGCCAUAAAUAAUCGCCAGUCUGUAAGUUCUAGACAAUUCAAAUGCUAGUAGAAUGUAUUGAAUAAGAUAGAUGCAAUGCUUUAUUACUCGCUUAGCCUUAAAGCCAGCUAUAAUGAAAAGUUUGACAGGGUUUCUCUCGCACGCAUGACACUCGUAAUUCGUGAGUGGCGCACAAAAGAAGCGCGCAUGAAAUUUGACCGUGAUCGAUAUUAGCGGAUUAGUGUCGAAUUAGCGGCUGUUAACGGAUCUACAUGACGUCAAAUUUUAUUAAUUACGAACCCCUGAUUCCAUGCGUUCAUACAAAUGAUGGACUUAAAUUCGGCUUUUCUGCUUAACAGACUUUGUUUAACGUUUGGCGGGCCUUUCGUUUAUUGAAAACCGAACAAACCAUGACUUUCAAAAAAGGAAGGUGUUUAAUAGGAUCACAUUAGUAAAUCUCCUUACUGUCUGCUAUACAAUUCUUAUGAUCUUAGUUCGGAGAAUUUGGUAUCGGAUCAACUAAUAAUCUAAUAAUUCUUGAUUCUCAUCACCAGCUUGAUGUUGUAUCGAUAUUGACAGGAGAAAUUCUUUCUUGGUCACUCUUGGGAGUUGAAAGGUUAACACCAAGGAGUCGACAUGAUCUUCGCAUUUCGCAGUCAGAUUCUUGAAAGAACACGGAGAACUCGCUCAUGAACUAAGUUGUAUUCGAGGUUCAAUCAGUUUUGCGGGAUUAGGGAUGAAGUUAGCGGAGGAAAACUGUCGGUUUCUUUUGAUAAGCGAGAAGGCGUUCCGAGCUAAGUGUGUUUAAUCUGAACUAAUUAAGGAUGAGGUUCUUAGUUUGUUAAAUAAAAGGGUGUUAGCGAAUCAAACUCUGAAUAUUGAAUAGAUUUCUUUCUGUUGAAGAUUACAAGACGUAGCAACCUGGCGUACCUACACAUUGCAGAGACAUACAGUAUGGCGAGCGGUUCAAACGUUUAGUGCAAGUUCUUGUCUUUUGCCUCGUUCUCGGGCGUCCCAAAUUUUCCAUUGUCUCCUAAUGUGAUAAUUGCUUGGGCACUAAACGCUAAGCUUUGUUUUUUUCGAAAGAAGCUUUGAUUAAUUGCGUUCAGGCCAGUCAUCUGAUAAUUACAAAGACACCCAAACGUGUGUCUGGUUAAAGUUUCUUGUUUAGCUCUUGAAAUUUCAAAUGGUGGCCUCUCUAGCCUGGCGUGGAAAUGUUAAAUAAUGCGUCAAAACAGCUGAAGAGUUCGUAACUAUGGAGAAAUUUUACAUCAACAUGCGAUACUGAGUGGAAGAGCAACAAAUCUCAUCACUGAGAAGAAGCUUGAUUCAAGCCGCACUCCUACAUUGGUCAGUUUUGAUCGGAGACGAUCCAUAGGUUUGCUGUUGAAUAAUUAUGUACGUGUAACUGCUGUACUGCAAAAACAAACUUGUAUAUCGGAAAGUGUCUACGGAAAGAAACAUUAUUAUUUGACUAAGCUAGCGUGUGUAUAAACCCUGUCGUGUCUACAAAUUUUAAUUUGCCUCUUGGGAGCAGUACUGAACGGAAAAUAAACGGCGGUAUUGACUUCAGCGUGAUCUUACAGAACAGUACGUGAGAAGAUUAUGCAAUGACAAGUGUUGUAUCUUUCACCUCAUUUAAAGAGUGUCUUGGAGAGGUAAGGAGUUACGCAAGAAACUCGUUAACAGUAAAUUAAUAGCAAUUGUGCGAGCGUGAAACUUUGGCAACAAUCACGUAACUUAGAGAGGGUUUACCAUACUAAAACGUUCCCCCCAAUGAAGAAAUAACAGACGACCUAGCCUGGAGCCAGCAUUUGGAUAUCUGACCAACCUCACAACUCAGGCAGAUUACUGGAUGGUUGCACAGUUUGUGGGAGUUUACGUCGACGCUGAUCAAAAAUUCUAGCCGAUCGGAUUGGUCUUUUAGCAAGACAGCUCUUCAAAAAUUAAAUCUGGUCAUUGACAAGAGAUGUCAGAACUUGAAAGAGAAGAAAUCGACUCCUGUCAUUCAGAAGUCAAAAUGAUAGACGGAAGCCAGUCAUCAUUACAGACAGUUCUAGUCACAGUCAGCAUCGAGAAGCCCGCGGCUAAAAAUAUUAAACGAGUGCGUUUCAACAGCUUGGUUGAAGUCAAAUUUAUUCCUAAAUGCAAGAGUGAAAAAAAGAAAAAGGAAAAAUUGCACAAAGAAGGCAAAGAAAAGACUGAGUGCUUGAAAGCUACCACAAAGAAAACAGAUCAUGAAACCCAGGCUCGUAGAAAAGAUGUUGAUGUUAAGGGUGAGUUGGACCUUUGCACGCAGAUGGUUACCAUCGCAACAGAAACUUCUCCUAAGACUGAAAUCGGGGACUCGUCCACGGUGAAAACUCCUCAAAGUUUUGAAGAAAACGCCGAGACGGGAUUAAAUCUAGACAAGAAACGAAGUGCUGCGACGGCGAAACGCGUGUUAAACCGGAAAAUCACAAAUAAGAAGACAAAGGCUGGUAGAGGCUUGACUCGGCUGAAUGGCUGUGCUGUUAAAUCGCGAGUGACAGUUCGUGAGAGUUACGCGACAAACAAAGUAACGCUCGGUGAUGAUUACAACGGGAAAACUUUACGAUUAAGUCCAACUACUUUUUCAGUUGCAUCAAACAUUCAUUUCAGCGAGUCUCCAGCUCGGAAUACCAAGAGAAAGAAUAUCCAAGAAUUUGGAUCCGAUAGGGAACUUUGGCGAUUGGAAAAACAAACUGCGAAGUUUUGCGAGGAAGCUGCAGCACUGAUUGCUCAAGUGACAGAAAAUACCGCUGAUUUGCAAUCACAUUUGAAAGUUCCACCAAAUACUGCCCACCUGGGUGGAAAUUACGGACAAAAUUUUCCAACAGAACACAUCAAGGCUAGUUUUAGAAAACCAUCAAAUGUCCAAGAUCUUUCUCCGUUCGGGAAAACCGCCAGUCGAGAUAUAUUUAGCACAACAUGUAAGCCAGUCACCAGGUUGCCGUACAUUAAGCACAAGAAACAGCAGAGCAUUGAGGGGCUGCGCCAGAGGUCGUACUCUGAACUCUGCUUGCCUCAGUUCCUGUUGUAUGACGGGAAAACCACGAGGAGUUCACUUGAUGCAACGAAUGAUUCCAAAGGAGUUGGCACUGUUAAGAAAGCGUCAGGUAAAUUUGAGCUAUUGCCUAGCCCGGAAGAGGCCAGUAAUGGUAACAUUGUCAUCCACUAUUCGUAUGGAGCCACAAAGAAGCUGGAAUGCUGA